AACAGCAACAACAAGGAGAACCACAACAACCUGCAACCAUCGUCGUCAUCAUCGCAGUCACCGUUACCACGAUCGCUGUUGUAGCUGUAGCCGCCGUAUAAAAUGGAACCCUCAUAUGAUCACGAACAUCCACAUCAUCUGCUAACAAAUUACAAUGCGAAGAAAUAUCCGCAUGUGUCCCGGACACCGGAAUAUAGCCAUUCGACGGUGGGCAGCGAUUAUCCGGAACAUGUUGGCUACUUGGCCGAUGGGCGAUUGCUGCACGAGAGUCCCAGCGAUAGCAUCUACCAUGUGCGACAGGGCAGCGAGCACUCCUCGCCCAGCCUCCACUCACCAGCCAUACAGAGCACGGGUUAUGAGAAUGAGCAUUCGAUGAAUGAGGCGGCGCUGUCGGUGCAUAGUCACAGCCACUCCCCGAUGGUGUCCAGUGCGUACAGUGUGAGCGGAGGAGGCACUGCGUCCUUAAUAAGCAGUAAUAUACCAUUGCUGGGCGGAGGAGGGACAUCGAUGCUGAACAAAUUCUUGUCGCAUCCACAUGCCACAAUGGUGGGAAGUGGUCAGGAUGUGGAAUGUGGCGGUGCUUCGCAUUCGCCGAUUGAGCCGACGUCCAUGUGGAGCUAUGACUACAAGGGUGAAAUAUGCGCACCACAUUGUGGCUAUAUGGAUCGGCACAAGGCCAUGCCCAGCGAUUUGAAGUAUAGACCAGGCGGUAAUCAGUCAAAAAGUGCCAAAGAGUCGCGCAUUCGCCGGCCAAUGAACGCGUUCAUGGUGUGGGCUAAGAUCGAGCGCAAGAAACUGGCCGACGAGAAUCCCGACCUACAUAACGCUGAUCUCAGCAAAAUGUUGGGCAAAAAGUGGCGCUCUUUGACGCCUCAGGAUCGACGUCCCUAUGUGGAGGAGGCGGAGCGUCUACGCGUCAUACACAUGACAGAGCAUCCGAAUUACAAGUAUCGACCCCGGCGGCGAAAGCAAUCCAAGCUGCGCACCAUGCAACCAGGUGCCAAGGAGCAGCAGAAUGAAUCCUCACCUCAGUCGGCAACGGGGGCGGCGAAGACAAUGCCGAAGUUGACGACGCCGCCACUGGCAACGGCCACAAGUGGCAGCUACAACACGCCCACCGACGACAGCCGCAACUCGACGCCCCAAAAUGUGGGCAAUCUGUACGAGCAGCCAUUGAAGCCAAGCUAUUCACCCAGUUCCGUGGAUUGCUACAGCAAUGCGGACAGCACAGAGCAAAUUGAAUCCAUGGCUGCAAAUUGCAGUGAAUCCUCUCCAGCCGCAACCAAUGCCACCUACGACAACUCGCUGCUGCUAAAGAAGCUAACAAAGCCGCCGCCAAGUCGGGCCAGCAAACAGCGCAAUGAGAAGCUCUCCAAGGCGGAGGAUAAAUCCAAGACGCAACAGCAACAGCAGCAGCAGCAGCAGCAGCAGCAACAACAGCAUAGUCUCUAUGCCUCGUAUCCCUUGGCCAGCUCGGUGGCAGUGGUUGCUGCACGUGGCAUGUACGUGACGUGCAACAAUCGUGGACUGUUGGAUCACGGGCAUUCAGUGAAGGGCACCUUCUAUCCGCCCGUGUCAAGUGCCGAUGACGAGGGCAGCAGCUCGAUGCGUGGCAGCAACACGUUGCAGCAACAUUGCAACAGCAGUAACAAUAGCAUGACACUGGCCACAUCCACGUCCACAUCGAUAUCCACCUCCAUUUCCGGCAGCGAUCUGAGCAGCUACACGGUGGCCAUGUCUGAUAGCAACUGUAACUCCGGCCAACUGGGCACCGUGUCCAAUGAUUAUCUGUCCAGUGUGAAUGCCAAUGCGUAUGGCAUGCAAUACGAGGAUUUUCUACGCUAUCAGACCAAUGAGCUGGACUAUGAUCAGCUCAAGGAGGCGUCAUCCGAACAGAAGUGCGCCAAAUAUCCUGAUACGAAUCAAAACUACGAUGACUACGAAGCGGAGGCGUAUAACAAUGCCAUGUUGUUGCCGCCAACUGGCACCAGUUACUACACACAGUUGCCCUACUCGCUAACAGGUGGCGCUUGUGCGCCAAGCGGCCUUGCCGCCUUUCCGCUGCAGCUGGCGGUGCCGUUCCAGCAGGCGACGGGGUCGGGUGGCGCCACCGCCUAUGCACAGCCCAUGCAGAGCAGCUAUCUGCAUUAUGGCAACUACUAUGAGGCCAAUGGGGCUGCCACACAGUUGCUGCCACAGCAGACAACAGCAGCAGCACCUCCUCCUUCUCCUCAUCCUCCGACAGCGACAACAGCAGCUGCCCCUCAGUCAGGGGCAAUGGUUAUGCAGCAUCAUCAUCAUCAUCCGCAUCCGCAUCCACAUCCGCAUCCGCAUCAUCAUCACUUUGCAGCAAAUGGAGCCCUGACCACAGGCAGUCCUGCUCCUGGCAUGGAGAUGCUCUUUGAGCAGCAACAACAGCAGCAACAACAACGCAAGGAUGAUGAGAUUAGCAAUAUAUUGGCGGGUGUGCGAAAAACCUGCUACAGCAAUUGAUAAAAAGGAAUCCGUCCAACAUUUGUUAUAUUUUUGAAAGUAGAAACUAGAGUUUAGGCACUUGGUUUAGGUACCUCAUAAGAAUUGCCCCUCCUUCAAAUUGAAAGUGUACUAUAAUUAAUUAGAGUUUGCAUUAUAAAUACAAUAUAAAUAAAAUAUG